AUGCCGCGCGCGAGGACGAGAGUGGGGAUAAACGGCUUCGGUCGCAUCGGUCGGCUGGCGUUUCGCGUGGCGUAUGACGACCCGACGCUCGAGGUGGUGCACGUGAACGAGACGCCCGGGUCGGGGGCGUCGUGCGCGUACCUCGGCGAGUUCGACUCGGUGCACGGACGAUGGACGAAAACGCUGCGGUACGACGAGGGCGCGCGGUGUUUGGUCGUCGGGGACGCCGGGGAGGAGCGCAGGAUCGGGUUCAGCGCGUGCGAGGAUCCGGAGGACGCGCCGUGGUCGAGCGCGGGGUGCGAGGUGGUGAUGGAGUGCACGGGGGCGUUUUUGAAGAUGAAAAAGCUCGAGAGCGCGUAUUUCGGCGAGAAACACGGGGGGGUGGUGAAGAAGGUGGUGGUGUCGGCGCCGGUGAAGUGCGAGGGGGCGCUGAACGUGGUGUACGGGGUGAAUCACGGGGAGUACGACGCGGAGAAGCAUCGAGUGGUGACGGCGGCGUCGUGCACGACGAAUUGCAUCGCGCCGGUGAUUUACACGAUUCAUAAGGAGAUCGGGGUGCAUCGGGGAAGCAUAACGACGGUGCAUAACGUGACGAACACGCAGUCGAUGGUGGACGCGCCGAACACGAAGAAGGAUGAUUUGAGACGGGCGAGGAGCGGGUUGGUAAACUUGGCGCCGACGUCCACGGGGAGCGCCACGGCGGUGCAGCUCAUCAUUCCGGAACUCAAGGGUAAAUUGAACGGACUCGCGGUGCGCGUGCCGCUCAUCAACGGGUCUCUGACGGAUAUCGUUCUCGAGACCAAGCGCGCGGUGACGGUGGAAGAGGUGAACGCCUUGCUCAAGGCGAAAUCCGAGGAAGGACCUUUGGUCGGCAUCAUGGGUUACGAAGAACAACCUCUCGUGUCCACGGAUUUCGUCAACGAUCCGCGAUCGGGCAUUGUCGACGCGCAGUCCACGAUGGUCGUCGACGGCACGCACUUGAAGCUUUACGUUUGGUACGACAACGAGUACGGCUACAGCUGUCGCAUGGUCGACUGCGUGAAAAUGGUCGCCGCGUCGUUGUAA